AUGGUUCCUCACGCUCUUCUCGUUGCUUUUCCUUUACAGGGUCACAUUAAUCCCAUGAUGCAGCUCGCCUGGAAGCUCAUCUCUCAUGGAUUCCUUGUCAGUUUCCUCAACUCCGACAGCAAUCAUAACCGCAUACUCAAAGCCAACACUCCAAAUUCUUUGCAUGAUAACAUCCGAAUGAUAUCCGUUCCCUUUGAAUUCCCUAUUAUGGAUACUCUGGAAGGCAUUGCAAAUGGCAUGGAGGCGUUGGGAAAGGACAUGGGGCCUUCUGUAAUUGAUAGAGUAGUUCGGGAAAUAAAUGCCAGAAAUGAAGAAAACAAGCUCACCUGUAUAAUUGCAGACGCCUGGAUGUGCUUUGGCUUACAGUCGGUGGCUACGCUCCAUAAAAUUCCCCUCGCCGCUUUCCACACUGCUCUCGCUUCAUUUUUCGCCAUCUACUACUUUAGUCCCAGUCUGGUCUCGCUUGGCAGCCUUGCUUCGGAUGGAACUCCAAAGAAAGAUAAAACAGUAAAAUUUCAUUCCUCCAUGCCGGCGCUGCAUUCGGGAGAUCUUCCGUGGUUGUGGGCAGGCGAAUACAUGUUUAGAAAAGGGAUUCGUAUGGCAGAGGAAGUCAAACACAUCAAAUGGGUCCUCUUCAAUUCAUUCUUAGAGAUCGAAGUUCCAUUAGUCGAAACGUUGUCCAAAGAAGUGGGAGUGUAUCCAAUAGGUCCUCUAAUUCCUCCCGAGUUUCUCCAUAGCAGGACAAGCACGAAGGUCCUCCCAAGCUUCUGGAAAAAUGACACAGAAUGUUUACAGUGGUUAGAUAAACACUGUGCCCACUCUGUGAUAUACAUAUCUUUUGGAAGUAUUACAGUUCUGAGUGAAAAGCAAGUGGAAGAGCUUGCUAUGGGAAUGGACGCAAGCCGGAGACCAUUUCUGUGGGUUUUGCGCCCCAAUCUGAUGAAAGGAAGCGAAGCUAUUUUACCUGCAGAUUUCUUGGAGCACCAGUUUCUUAACCGCACGUAUGUUAUUGAUGUGUGGAAAUUGGGUUUACCAUUAAAUGCGAAUAGCGAAGGAAUUAUAGAGAAGGGAGAGUUUGUAAAAGGCUUAGAGAUUUUGCUGGAAUCGGAACAAGGCCUUGAAAUAAGAGAGGAAGCUAGAAAAUUGAAGAUAAUUGCUAGGGAUUUAGUCAAGGACGGGGGUUCCUCAUGGAAUAAUUUUAAUCUAUUUGUCACCGCCAUGAAGCGACAACCGAAUGAAUGA